AUGGGUAACCUAAGCUCAGCCCAUGACGCCUAUAUGGAGGACUUCGUCAAGCAAUUAGGAUGUGAUUUCUGUGUACCCGACAGGAGGCUUUAUCGUAGUCGUCACGCUGAAGGGGCAUCUGAUUCCAUGUACUGUAUCGGCACUGGUAAGUUAUCGAGCAGACUGCCUGUGGUGCCAAUACGGUCUGGAGGGAGAGGCGUCGACUUGGGCUCCGAGGGAGACCGGCUUACUGCCUUUUCUGAGCAAAUCAGGAGCUGUCAUGAAAUGCUUAUGCAUCAGAAACUGGCCCUAGAUACCAUUGGGGCCAUUAGAAGUGAACUGGGUGGUGAUGAGAAGGACGGUAGUAGUGAGGCCUCUCGUGCGACAAAGAGGUCGUUACUUCCGCUUGGGAGUUCCCCUGAAGCGGACACUCCUCGUUCGCUACGUGAGUGGGCAGCCGAUAUCCAGCUUCGUAUUAAGGGAGACGAUGGUGUUAUUGGUUCUCUCAGUGCUGCCCUGGAGCGCCUUGAGUGUGACCUAGAACACCAAAUGGAAUUCGAAGAUGCGCGUCUGGUACUGCGGUCAGGGCUGGGCGUAUUGGGCCAACAAGAAUCGCAGAAGCUCACUCGAACAGCUCGUGAAUUGAGACUGGCAAAGAACACUUUCGCCACUUCAGCGGCUAUUGCUAGGGCGGCCUUCAAAAAAAUGGAUGUUGUACUAAGAGGAACGAUGGCAUUUUAUCAAGUGUGCCCAUCGUAG